AAGGCUUUCCUGAAUCUUUGUAAGCAAGUCCAGUUGGCCUAGAGUUCACUCUCGCUCAUACAGAUAAACACCCAUCAACAUUGCGACAGUUCUCCCACUGUUCACUUUCCGAGAAUCCUAAGCUGUAGCGCGCAAGCAAGAAAACAAUGUUGGCCCCAGUGAAGAUUGUACUUGGCCUUGCGAAUGUUGGAGACAGAACUCAGGACAAUACUGUUCGAUAUGACACACCAGAGGAAGUUAAAGCUUAUCUGGACGCUUUCUACGACCAUGGAGGCAGGGUUCUGGAUACCGCCCGCGGCUACUCGCCUCAUGCUCCUGGCUCAUCGGAGGAUAGAUUGGGCGUCGUUGGAGCUGGUGACAGAUUCCUAAUCGAUACCAAAGUCGUGUCUUUCGUGCCAGGCAGCCAUGCGAGGGCCAGUAUUCAGGAAAGUAUCGUUAAGUCUCUGGAGUCAUUGAAGAUGUCAGCGGUCAACGUCGAGUAUCUGCACGCACCGGACCGCUCAACUCCAUUUGCGGAAACAGUCGGGGCUCUCGACCAGGCCCACAGAGAGGGCAAGUUCAGGUUCUUUGGACUCUCCAACUACACAGCGGCGGAGGUGGAAGAGAUUGUCAAGAUAUGCGAGGAGAAGGGAUUUGUCAAGCCAAGCGUGUAUCAAGGGCAGUAUAAUGCCAUCGUGCGGAGUGGAGAGAAGGAGCUUUUCCCUGUACUACGGAAGCAUGGCAUUGCCUUCUAUGCAUGGAGUCCAGCAGCCGCGGGUCUGUUUGCUGGUAACCACAAGAAUAUCAAGCCAGGUGACCGCUUUGAUCAGUCUGUAGGUUUUUGUGCUACUGAGCGCAAGCGGCAUCGUUGUUAACGAUGGUUGAUAGCACACUAUGGGCCAAUUGUUCGCGAGCGGAUACCUCAAAGACGACAUCAUAGCUGCGGUCGAUCGGGUAAUCGACCUCCUGGUUAAGUAUGGAAUCAACGGUCACGCCGCAGCUCUCAGGUGGACCGUCUACCAUAGCAACCUUCGAGCAGACCUUGGCGAUGCCGUGAUCAUCGCUGCUUCCAGCGUGCAGCAACUGAAGUCAAACUUUGACUCCGUUGCGGAGGGCCCUUUACCACGUGAGGUACUGGACGUUCUCGAUGGGGUGCAUGGCGAGGUCGCAGGUUCGGAGUUUCCGUACCAUGCCUAGGGUUCCGAAUCAGGAGUACCGUAUCUGUUCGCGGUCCGUAUCAAAUGCUCACCAUAUGUAUAGCCAUAUGACAUCUCAGCAAAGUUGUCGCCUCAAGCCUAAGCCAUGAGUGAAUGUCUAAAGCGCGCAGUAUCAUAUGAACGUGUCUAAUCCCCGUC